ACUACAAUUCCCAUGAUGCACUCAGCAGUUACACCCCAAGGAAGUUGAAGAAUCCCGAAAAGUGCCCCAAUUUAGUUUGUGCAACAGGCAAAGUCAGCGGGCUGAGAGCAGAAGCUACACAUCUAACUGCUGUCCUGGACUGGGCUCCGGCUAAUUCCUGCUUCACAUUUACCAUAAACACGCACAGGUGUCAUGGCAGAGCGGGUGCUGGUUGUUGGCAGCGGCGGACGGGAGCACGCGCUGGCGUGGAAGCUGGCCCAGUCGCCGCAGGUCCAGCAGGUCCUGGUGGCCCCGGGUAACGCGGGCACGGCAAACUGCGACAAAGUCAGCAACUCGGAGGUAUCAGUGAACAACCACACCAUCCUGGCUCAGUUCUGCAAGGAUCACCACGUGGGGCUGGUUGUGGUUGGACCUGAAGUUCCGCUGGCAGCAGGUAUCGUGGAUGACCUGACAGCUGCAGGAGUGCCCUGUUUUGGUCCUUCAGCCAAAGCAGCUCAACUGGAGGCCAGUAAGAGCUUUUCUAAGGCCUUCAUGGAGCGUCACGGCAUCCCCACGGCUCGUUACGGCUCCUUCACCGACCCCCAGCAGGCCUGUGACUACAUCCGCACGGCCGACUUCCCAGCUCUGGUGGUGAAGGCCAGCGGUCUGGCCGCGGGGAAGGGAGUGAUCGUGGCGCAAGAUCGAGACGAGGCCUGUCGGGCCGUGAUGGACAUUAUGAAGGACAGAGCCUUUGGAUCUGCGGGGGAGACGGUGGUGGUGGAGGAGCUUCUGGAGGGAGAGGAAGUAUCUUGCCUGUGUUUCAGCGACGGCCGCUCGGUGUCGCCGAUGCCUCCGGCGCAGGAUCACAAGCGGCUGCAGGACGGUGACCUGGGGCCAAACACGGGCGGCAUGGGAGCCUACUGCCCCACCCCUCAGGUGAGCCAGGAGCUGCUGCAGCAGAUCAAAGAGACUGUUCUGCAGAAGACCGUGGAUGGGAUGAGGGAGGAGGGCACCCCCUAUGUGGGCGUGCUGUACGCAGGGCUGAUGCUGACGAAGCAGGGCCCGAAGGUCCUAGAGUUCAACUGUCGCUUCGGAGACCCUGAGUGUCAGGUGCUGCUGCCGCUGUUGGAGAGUGACCUGUAUGAAGUGAUCAUGAACACCAUGAACGGCAAACUUGCCUCCAGCGCCCCCGUGUGGCACCAGGACAGCUCUGCAGUCACUGUGGUCAUGGCCAGCGCCGGUUACCCCGGCUCCUACCAGAAAGGAGUCGAAAUCACAGGUUUGUCCCAGGUUCAGGACAUGGGGCUGCAGAUUUUCCACGCCGGCACCACCCUGAAAGAAGGAGGCGUGGUCUCCAGCGGUGGGCGGGUGUUGACCGUCACAGCGGUCAGGUCAUCACUGGAGAAGGCCCUGCAGGCGGCCAAUCAGGGCGUGGCGGCAGUCGGCUUCCAGGGUGCCGUGUACAGGCGCGACAUUGGCCACAGAGCCAUCGCUCACCUGAAGCAGCACAGAGGUCUGACCUAUAAGGACAGCGGUGUGGACAUUGCUGCCGGUAACAAGCUGGUGGAGCGGAUCAAGCCCCUGGCCAAGGCAACUUCCCGUGCCGGAUGUAAUGUAGAGCUCGGGGGCUUUGCCGGGCUCUUUGACUUGAAGGCAGCGGGAUUUGUCGACCCAAUCCUCGUAUCUGGGACAGACGGAGUUGGGACUAAGCUUAAGGUAGCCCAGGCAUGCAGGCAGCAUGGCACUCUGGGUCAGGACCUGGUGGCCAUGUGUGUAAACGAUGUGCUGGCGCAGGGUGCUGAGCCACUCUUCUUCCUUGACUACUUCUCCUGUGGGCGCCUGGAUUCAGACGUGGCCGCCUCGGUGGUUGGCGGCAUCGCUGAGGCCUGCAAGAUGGCUGGCUGUGCUCUGCUGGGUGGUGAGACUGCUGAAAUGCCGGGCGUCUAUGCUCCAGAAGUGUACGACCUGGCCGGGUUCUGCGUCGGUGCAGUGGAGCGAGGAGCCCUGCUGCCCAGGCUGGCGGAUAUCUCUGAGGGGGACGUGCUGAUCGGAGUGGCCUCGUCUGGGGUUCACAGCAACGGCUUCAGCCUGGUCCGCAAAGUCCUGGAGAGGGCAAACGUCACCUACGGGUCCCCUGCUCCAUUUGGCAAGUCGGGACAGAGUAUUGGAGAUGUUCUGCUGACUCCAACGAAGAUCUACAGCCGCCUGCUCCUGCCGAUCCUGCGCAGCGGCACUGUCAAAGCCUACGCUCACAUCACAGGUGGAGGACUCCUGGAGAACAUCCCGCGGGUGCUACCACAGGGGCUGGCAGCGGAUUUAGAUGCCUCUCAGUGGAGCAUCCCUCCAGUGUUCUCCUGGCUCCACAAGGAAGGAAGCCUGAGCGAGGAGGAGAUGGCCCGCACCUUCAACUGCGGCCUGGGCGCAGUGCUGGUGGUCGCCCCCGUGGACGCUCAGAGGGUCCUACGCGAGCUUCAAGCCCACGAAGAGGCCUGGAUUGUUGGUUUGCUGUCCCACAAGCAGCCUGGGGCAGAACCUGUGGUGGUCCGUAACCUGAAACAGAGGCUGAUCGAUGCAGGGCCGGACUCCAGCGAGGCGGCGGCAGGCAAGGAGGAUGGGGGUUGCUGUGGCAGCGGCAUCAAAAGGACAAAAGUAGGAGUUCUCAUCUCUGGCACAGGCACCAACCUGCAGGCCCUCAUAGACCGAGCCAAGCAUCCGUCCAGCUCAUCUGAGAUUGUGGUGGUGAUUUCCAACAGACCGGGAGUUCAGGGCCUGAAACGGGCGUCACUGGCUGGCAUCCAGACACGGGUGGUGGACCACAAACUGUACGGGAGCCGCGCGGAGUUUGAUGGCACCAUUGAUCGCAUCCUGGAAGAGUUUGGGGUGGAGCUGGUCUGCCUGGCUGGAUUCAUGAGGAUCCUCACGGGAACUUUUGUCAAGAAAUGGCGCGGUAAGCUGUUGAACAUCCAUCCGUCUCUGCUGCCCUCAUUCAAGGGUGUGAAUGCCCAGAAGCAGGCUCUGCAGGCUGGCGUGAGGCUCACCGGCUGCACGGUCCACUUUGUAGCAGAGGAGGUGGAUGCAGGAGCGAUCAUCGUCCAGGAUGCGGUGCCCGUGCGGAGUAACGACACAGAGGAGAGUCUGUCUGCCAGAAUCAGAGAGGCCGAGCACAAAGCCUUCCCCACAGCUAUGGAGCUGGUGGCGCGCGGCGCUGUGAGUCUCAGAGAGGACGGCCGUGUCAUCUGGAAUUUUGACUGAAGUUAAAAAAUAUAAAUCAGCAAUGAUUCCAGUUUACAGUAAUGACACUGACUCAGCAGAAAAGCUUAGGUUUUCUUUUAAGGCUUCAACUGAUCUUUGUACACACUCUGAUGUGCUGUAGAGUCCCUUAAAGCUUAUGAACAAACCUAGAUGAAAAUACACUACUUACAAACAUUCCUUAGAUAUGCACUGGACUGUGUUAGACCAUUAAAGAACAGUUAGCAUUGUGAACCUAUUUGUUAAGGUGUCUGAAUGGGUGUUUAUGUGGUUAUGAGGUUUUGAAUGACCUCGUUGCUGAUUUAAAAUAAUAAACAUGUCUCUUUGAA